AUGACAGAUUCUUUGAGGGAUGAUCCAAUUGCUGAACUUCAUGAAGCAUUUUGUCUCAUUGACAAGAACAACGAUGGGUUCAUUACAGAAGAUGAAUUAACAACCACAAUCAAAUCAUUUGAUGUAAAUCCAACAAAAGAAGAAAUUCAAAAUAUGAUUAGUGAAGUGGAUAUUAAUAGAAGAGGAAGUAUUAAUUUUGAAGAGUUCUUGAAUAUUAUGAGUACACAAAUGAAGGAAAAUAUAUCUAAGGAGUUGAAAGAAGCCUUUAGAAUAUUUGAUAGAGAUCAAGAUGAAUAUAUUUCAGCCAUUGAGUUGAAAGAUGUAAUGAUGAGAUUGGGAGAGAGACUAACAGAUGAAGAGGUUGAACAAAUGAUUAGAGAGGCAGAUUUAGAUGGUGAUGGUAAAGUUAGCUAUGAAGAAUUUGCAAAGAUAAUGGUGCUUAGUGGAUGCUCAAAGUAG